CCAACCCAACCAUCACUAGCAGCGCAGCAAACACAAACAACAUCCGAAGCACGUACACGAGAAAGCCAAAACUUUUCGCAGCGGAAUUGUUACAGCAGGAAACAGAAUUUUCCCCUCCUUUCGCACCGCAGCGGUCGAGGCAUGAGUGCGGCAGAGCACACCAGCACCGGCACCAGCGGCGGACAAAUGUCGACCUCGAGCACCAUGCUGAGCCUGGCGGACAAGCAGAAGUACAUCGAAAACUACGACUUCCCGUACUGCGACGAGUCGAGCAAGUAUGAAAAGGUGACCAAAAUCGGCCAGGGAACGUUCGGUGAGGUGUUCAAGGCGCGGGAGAAGAAAUCGACUAAAAAGUUUGUGGCCCUCAAGAAGGUGCUGAUGGAAAAUGAGAAGGAAGGCUUCCCGAUUACGGCAUUGCGCGAGAUACGCAUCCUGCAGCUGCUGAAGCACGAAAAUGUGGUGAACCUGAUCGAGAUCUGUCGCACCAAGGCCACCGCCCAGAAUCGCUACCGGUCCACGUUCUAUCUGGUGUUUGACUUUUGCGAGCACGAUCUGGCCGGUUUGCUGUCGAACAUCAAUGUGAAGUUUAAUCUGGGCGAAAUUAAGAAGGUGAUGCAACAGCUGCUGAACGGGCUGUACUACAUCCACAGCAACAAGAUCCUGCACCGCGACAUGAAGGCGGCGAACGUACUGAUCACGAAAAACGGCGUCCUCAAGCUGGCCGAUUUUGGGCUGGCCCGUGCAUUCAGCGUAUCCAAGAACGGGCUGCCCAACCGGUACACCAACCGGGUGGUGACGCUCUGGUACCGACCGCCGGAACUGCUGCUCGGCGACCGUAACUACGGGCCACCGGUCGACAUGUGGGGUGCCGGUUGCAUUAUGGCCGAAAUGUGGACCCGCUCGCCGAUCAUGCAGGGGGCGACGGAACAGCAGCAGCUCAUCCUCAUCUCCCAGCUGUGCGGUUCGUUCACCAACGAUGUGUGGGCGGAUGUGGAAAACCUGGAGCUGUUUCACAAGAUGGAGCUGCCGAUGGGCCACAAGCGGAAGGUGCGCGAGCGGCUACGGCCGUACGUGAAGGACCCGCACGGUAUCGAUCUGCUCGACUAUCUGCUGAUGCUCGAUCCGAAGAAGCGCAUCGAUGCGGACACGGCGCUGAAUCAUGAUUUCUUCUGGACCGACCCGAUGCCGUGCGAUUUGAGCAAGAUGCUGUCGCAGCACACGCAGAGCAUGUUCGAGUAUCUGACGCCGCCGAGACGGCCGGGACAUAUACGCCACUAUCAGCAGCAGAUGGUGAACAUGCAGGCCAAGCCGCAGGACAAUAGCUACCAGGAUAGGGUGUAUUAGGUUGUGUACGCCUGUAGAACGCAUGACCUUUAACCUUUACAUAAGACUUAGUGACUCCCGGCAUGUGGUGGUGGUCACCGUAAUCGUUUUUUUUUUCAUCCCUUGAAAUACAUUUAUUAUGAAUUCCUA